UAGGUUUUCUUGGAUGCUCUAUUCAACUCCAUACAUUUUAUUUCUCAAAGAUCCCGCAGGACCUCUUUAGACCAAUGCCUUAGGUUUUAAAUUGCUUUCCAGAACCUGCACACAAUCCGUUUAUAUUGGUGCAGUUUUUUUUUGCUUCAAUAGAAGUUAAACCUCAUCUUCCUAAUCCUCACAAAUCUUCACCUGAUAUCAAGUUACAAGGGCCGUCUGAACCCUUGUGCGUACGUGACAGAAAGCAAGAGCCACCAUGUCCUCCAUUCUUCCCUUCACACCCCCGGUCGUGAAGCGCCUCCUGGGAUGGAAGAAGACUCCKGCCGGGRGUGGAGGAGCGGGCGGAGGAAUCGGUGGAGUCGGGGAGCAGAACGGAGGAGGACAGGAGGAGAAAUGGUGCGAGAAAGCUGUGAAAAGCCUGGUGAAGAAGCUGAAGAAGACCGGCCAGCUGGAUGAGCUGGAGAAGGCCAUCAGCGCACAAAACAGCAACACAAAAU